AUGAAGCUUAGCGUGGCGUUGUUUUUCGCAGGGCUCUUUGGGGCGUUGGCAGCUGUGUUCAUCCUCCUCUCGUUUGGAACUGAUUACUGGCUGCUGGCCUCAGAAAGCUGCCACCCGAACCCAGAUGGAUCUGUUGGCCUGGGUGGUGUGACCAUAGAGCGUGGAGAUGUGGUGGUGCAGCAGGACACUAGUGAUGUCACUCUAUACCAUGAAGGUUUUUUCUGGAGGUGUUCGUUUGGAGGCAACUUGGGUGAUGACAACCUGAUGUGGAAGCUCUGGUUCACAAAUCAGCCUCAGUCAAAAGUUUGCAUGCACGCCUACCUCUUCCCGUUCCCUGUGUCUCAUCAGACCCACAAUGCCACAGAGUAUGAUACGGCCAUAAUCUACAGAGGCUUCUGGAGCAUCUUUAUGCUCAUUGGUGUGGCAGCUGUAGUGCUCGGUGGGUUCUUCAUCAUCUGUGCUGCUCCGUUCGCCAGCCACCGGUUGUACAAAGCAGGGGGCGGCCUCUUCCUGGCAUCUGGUCUUUUCCUGCUCUGUGUGGUGGUCAUGUACGUACUGUGGGUGCAGGUGUUGGAUGUGGUGGACGUCUACAUAGACCACCAGCGGUCUACAUUGUGUCCAAACUUCCAGCUGUCCCUCAACUAUGGUCUGUCCUUCAUGUUUGCCCCCAUUGGCAUCUUCUUCUGCCUCCUAUCCGGCCUUCUCUUCCUCCUCAUUGGCCGAACCAUUCAGAUUAAUUACCACUGA